UGAAGGAUUGCAACACGUGACUGUACAGCUGUUCGGAAUAAUGUGUUGGGUGACUGAAGCCUCUUUAUCGAGUCGGCUAUGUCCGCGCACCGACCCGAAGGCUAAUCUAGGCCGCAGCGGGAUGUUGAUUUAAAAUGGCUGCCGAGCCUCGUGAUUUAAGACGUGACGCAUUUUGCAGCCCGGCGGAUACGGGGCCUCCCGGGCAAACUGAAGUGGGGAUUAUUAGUGGGUGGGUUGAGUAUGUGCUUCUGGCGGCGGAAGAAGGGUGAUAUUGUCAAGGUGGCUUGUGGGUAUAAAAGAUAAAGGGGUGGAAGCGUUUUUGAUGUGUGCGCAUGCGCGGCCUUGAUUCCAUGACUGACUCAGUGCUGCAGUUGUGAGUCAUCAGAAGCAGCUGAGCUUCCCGAGAAUUGUCUCUCACUUUAACCCCGUAGUCCUUGAGCUGUUGCGCAGCCAUUGGUACCUGUAUUGGGGGAACAUAGCAUACAAGCAAGACGCUUGCAGCCUCUGUGGCGAAAUUAUUUUCAUGUCAGAGACCGAGAACUCUUGCAGUUGUUUAUGUCAUCCAGUCUUCUCCAGACAGAAGAUACCAAAAAGUUGCAACCCAAGACCAUUCCCUCUUAUUGUAAGGGCUAAUAAUAAACCAAAAUGUCUUUCAACGUCAACCGAAGUGUUUCCGACCAGUUCUAUCGGUACAAAAUGCCCCGUUUGAUUGCUAAGGUGGAGGGCAAAGGAAAUGGAAUAAAGACAGUAAUAGUCAACAUGGUUGAUGUUGCAAAGGCGCUUAAUCGGCCUCCUACCUAUCCCACCAAAUAUUUUGGUUGUGAGCUGGGAGCCCAGACCCAGUUUGAUAUUAAGAAUGACCGUUUCAUUGUCAAUGGAUCUCAUGAGGCAAAUAAGCUGCAAGAUAUGUUGGAUGGAUUUAUUAAAAAGUUUGUUCUGUGUCCUGAAUGCGAUAAUCCUGAAACUGAUCUGCAUGUCAAUCCCAAGAAGCAAACAAUAGGCAAUUCCUGUAAAGCCUGUGGCUACCGAGGCAUGCUGGACACCAAACAUAAGCUCUGUACAUUCAUCCUCAAAAACCCAACAGAAAAUACAGACGGCAAUGCAGGAAAAAAGGAAAAGGACAAGAAAAACCGAAAGGGCAAAGAGAAAGAAAAUGGUUCUGCAGCAAAUGAGUCCCCAGUUCUAACAGAGCUUAAUCCUCCACAUGUGAAUGCAGGUAAGGAAGAUGAUGAUGAAGAUUGGGGGGAAGACACCACAGCAGAGGCUCAGAGACGCAGAAUGGAAGAAAUAAGCGAUCAUGCAAAAAAUCUUACUCUUAGUGAAGACUUGGAAAAACCUGUUGAAUACAGAGUAAACCUAUUAUUUGACUUUGUUAAGAAAAAAAAGGAAGAGGGUGUAAUUGACUUCUGUGACAAGGACAUUUUGGCUGAAGCUGAAAGGCUUGAUGUUAAAGCAAUGGGACCUUUGGUUUUAUCUGAAGUUCUUUUUGAUGACAAAAUCAGAGACCAGAUCAAGAAAUACAGGCGCCAUUUCCUCCGGUUUUGCCACAACAACAAAAAAGCACAAAGGUACCUACUACAUGGAUUUGAGUGUGUUAUAGAUAUGCACCAGUCACACCUUCUUUCAAAAAUACCACAUAUCCUUAAGGAAAUGUAUGAUGCAGAUCUCCUUGAAGAGGAGGUGAUCAUCAGCUGGGCCGAAAAGCCUUCAAAAAAGUAUGUUUCUAAAGAGCUGGCCAAAGAUAUACGUGCUAAGGCAGACCCAUUCAUCAAAUGGCUCAAGGAGGCGGAAGAAGAGUCUUCUGGUGGAGAGGAGGACGAGGAGGAAGAUGAUGAUGAUGAUGAUGAGACUAUAGAGGUGGUGUAUUCAAAGACUGCGACCGUUCCUAAAGUGGAGGCUGUAAAGUCACCUGUUGAUAAAGAUGAUGACAUUGAUAUUGAUGCAAUUUAAAGUGAAUAUUAAAGCAUUGGUUCAGUGUAUGCUUCUGCUUUUUAUGCCUGAAGUGCAACAAGUAUAUGUCAAGCUGCGGUGGCUUAACAUCCCGUUACACUUAUUUUUUUUUUUGUAUGCUGAAAUUCUUUCUACUAUAUCAGUCUUCACAAAGCUAUUAAAAGGGGUGCAUAGAGAAUUCAACAGACCUAGUUUUGUCUACAGCAUGUAAUUCUUUUAAAAUUUAUAGUGUUUGGUGCACAUUGCAGUUGCGAAUAAAGGUUUUUUUGGCUUUU